GUCCUCGAUCCACCCACCUGCUUUGCGCUCAUCUCAGGCGGCAGCUGGGUUCUCGCCUUUCUCCCUGGGCUCGCGACUCGGCUCGCUUUCUUUCGUAACCGUUGGGACUGAACCCCACGUCGGAGGCCGAACCAGCGGUCUUGCGUUUUCUGCAUUCUGAUCCUUCUCUGGUCACUGUGUUCCAUGGGCAGCAGCGCCAGCAGGCUGUACAGUGCCCUGGCCCAGACCCUGAGCAGCGCCCCCUUGGCCCAGGGAGCACCGUACCGAGAACCAGCCGACGUGGAGCCCGGUGACCCGGACGAGCUGCUGAGGGAGUGCAAGGAGGCGCUGCGGAAUCGACCCCCCCGGCUGCGCCGCUCUUUCGUUUUCCCUGGCAAGAAUGCCAAGCGCGGCAGCCAGCUGCGGUCCUUCCGGGUCAUGCAGUGGAACAUCUUGGCCCAAGCUCUAGGAGAGGGGAAGGACAGCUUCGUCCGGUGUCCUCCCGACGCGCUCAACUGGGCUGAGCGCAAGUACCUCAUCCUGGAGGAGAUCCUCACCUACCAACCGGACAUCCUGUGUCUGCAGGAAGUGGACCACUACUAUGACACGUUCCAACCCGUUUUCAACAGCCUAGGCUACCACAGCACUUUCUACCCCAAGCCCUGGUCGCCCUGCUUAGAUGUGGAGAGCAACAACGGGCCCGACGGGUGCGCCCUCUUCUUCAGGAAGGAAUGCUUUGAGCUCGUGGACAGCGUGAGCCUCCGGCUCACUGCUAUGAUGGUCAGCACCAACCAGGUGGCCAUCAUUCAGAAGCUGCGGUGCAAGCAGACGGGCCGGCUGCUCUGCGUCGCCGUCACCCACCUGAAGGCACGCAGCGGCUGGGAGCGUCUGCGCAGCGCCCAAGGCUCUGACCUCCUCUACCACCUGCAGCACGUCACUCAGGGCACGUGCAUCCCCUUGCUGGUGUGCGGGGACUUCAACGCCGAGCCCAGUGAGGACGUGUACCGUCGCUUCGCCACAUCCAGCCUCAACCUGAACAGUGCCUACAAGCUGCUGAGCACAGACGGGCAAUCGGAGCCACCCUACACCACCUGGAAGAUCCGGCCCUCGGGCGAGAGCUGCCACACGCUGGACUACGUCUGGUAUUCCCAGCAUGCCUUUGUGGUGGACUCAGUGUUGGAUUUCCCCACGGAGGAGCAGAUCGGACCCAACCGCUUGCCCUCCUACAAUUACCCUUCCGAUCACUUGUCACUCGUCUGCAACUUAAAUUUUAGGGAUGAGCCAGACAGGCUGCUUGAAGAUGUGACGAAGGGCAUUAAAUGAUAUUUAUGGAGCUCUGUCCUGAUUUUUAAUUUUGUUAUUUGUAACAUUCAUUUGACAUCUCCAGGGGAUCCUGUACACUGUCCUGGGCCCAUAGCAACACAUUAAAGGUUGUUGGCAACAGCCUACCUGUCGAGAUUAUCAUUUGACCUGUGUCUCAGACACUGAGAUUUGGCCGUGCCACUGCAGACCAUAACAUGUACGGUCAUGCAGUGUUUUUCACUUUGAUAAACAUGACAAAUACACUAUAUGCCAACCAAUGUGUACAACGGCUUGACCUGAGCGGGGUCGCGGCAAGCUGGAGCCUACCCGGCAACACAGGGCACAAG